AUGUCUCACAAUACCAACACCAACGCCAGCACCAAUGCCAACGCCAAAACCAACAACCCCCCAGUCGACCCAGCUGGUCCCCCUUCUGGGCCUUACCAGCGCUAUGGGGGGAUGGACUGGCCGAAUCUAUCCCACCCCCACGCACCACAUGCCAUGCCGCAGUACCCUCCUCCAGGAUAUCUCACUCAAUAUGCACCGAACCCUUACCCACCCACCUCUGGCCCGAACGAUGCCCCGCAUGGACCAUACCACCCUCCGCCCCCCAUUGCUGGCCCAUCUCGCCAACCCGCGAUCGACCCAGCUCUCUUACCCCUCCCUGAGGAUGACGAUGACGACUUUCCACCCGCUCACAAGCUGCUCCCAAAGAUUGCAAAACCUGCCUCGAAGGUGGCCGGCAGCCGCCGCCCUGCUCCCUCAAAGGGCAAGGGUAAACAGAAAGCCGACACCCCAGCGACUGUCAGCAAGCGGAAGGCAGCUGGUCAUGCUGACAACGAACCGGCUGCCAAACGUGUUAAACGUGGUGGCCGUAUUGCUGGGGCUGUCAACUACAAUGACGAUGACAUCGACCAAUUGCUUGACCUUCUUGAAGACCACCUCCCCACCGGUGGAUAUGGGUGGAACACCGUUGGCGCUGCGUACAAUGAGUGGGCAAACAGCUGUGGACGGCCCGAGAGGACGGUUAAGUCCUUAGAGCUGAAAUACAAACAGAGUUCUGGAUCUGAGGACGAGGAUGAGGACCACGAGUCCGACAAAGAAGAUGCCGACCCACCGCGCAAGGACUCUACCAACACCCAAUGGCAGCGUGCAACCAAGUCGAAGAUCAAGAAGGACACUGAAGAGCGUGGGCCCAUGGCUCGCCGCCCCCCAGCUGACAAGAUUCUUCAGCCUCGUGCUCGGAAUUCAUCCCGGAACGAUGCACAGCAGCUACUGUCCUCAAUCUCUACUGCUCUUGAUCCCGCAACUCAGGCUGCCCGCGACGAGGAUCGGGCUUCGCGUUCAUUGCACACGACUCAGCUGCUCACAACAACAAGCAAUUGA